AUGUAUCACACUUAUCACCGAUUAACAUUCUUGCACAACCAAGUUCAAGCCAUCAUCUCAUCAGCGUGGUUUGUUAACAAAACGCGAAAUCUGUUUGUUCGUGUUGGAUUAACAACCAUCUUACACAACGGUCAUCGAUUUAUACAUCCAUAUUUACUCAAUGGUUCAAGUAGCGAUCUUUCGAUUGGACAUUGUCGAGAAAACGUCAUUGAUAAUUGUCUUUAUUACAUGCUCCUACCAAAAGACAAUAGCCCCGAUGGAAAAAGGCUGAGAGUAGUCAUGAGAGGGGAAAAGGAUUUGAAAAACUUUGGCACUCUUCGCGUAUUCGAUAUGCCGGAUGCCAUAAGUGAUGAUCGUCCAAAUAUACCAACUAACGCAAAAGAUUUCCGCAAAUUUUAUCAUCUCCAUCAGUUUCAACUGGCAUUUACUAUUUGUGAAGAAAUUAAUGGACAAAUGUUACCACAGCCUGAAACGACAGUUUAUUCGAUAGUCAUAACUGAUAGUCAGACUGAAGAAUCAUCACCGAUAGACAACAAAAAUAGGUUAAUUCAUGCAUAUUUUCCAACAGCUGGAAGUUGCGACGGAGGUGAACAAUGUAAAAGUUCUAAUUUCAAUUCUGCUAUCACUACAACAUUGUCAUCAUAUACGCUGCAUGAUGGUCCACAAGCUGUAUCGAGUUCUGAUCAGCAACCAUUGACAAAUGGUGAUAAUCUGUCAUAUACGCCUAAUUUAUGUGAGUAUAUGGUCUUUGUAAUCCAGACUAAGCUGUUUAAUCUAUUAUUAUUACUAGGUGAAACAUGUCAACAUGCCGAAAAAUUUAUUGAAUCACUAGGAACAUCGUUGGAUAAUUUGUUGAAAAGUGGAAAUCACAAACAAUUAUUCAAUGUGUGUCGACACAUCAUUAACAAGAAUUCUGAUUGUCUAUUGCACAAAUCAAUAGAAAAUGGGCAUUAUUCAUUAGCUGCGGAUCUUAUUCAUUGUUAUCGGAAUAACGGUUUAGAGCGUCGAAAUGAUCAUGGAGAAACACCAAUGCUAUAUGCAGCUAAAUACAAUUGCCUAGAUUUAAUCAAGUUGUUUUUACAAAAACGAUUCGAAUUAAUUUAUGACACGGAUAGUCAAAUGAAUAAUAUAUUCCAUCUUCUCGCUCAAAAUCAUGUAUCAUCCGAUACGAUUGAAUUUCUGUUGAAUUAUCUCAGCGACAAAUCAAUCAACAUUCAACAACACUUUGAUACGAAAAACUCAGAGCAAAUAACACCAUUAGAAUUGGCUGUGAAACUAAAUAAUUCAGAUGUGAUCAAAAUACUAAAAUCAAGCGGACACUUUCGUAGCAAUGAUGGUGAUGAUGAACUGUUAGACAGAUUGAAUCUUAUUCAUAUUACAGAGAAGCAGGGUUCCGAUGACACGAGAAACCAAGUACACAGGAAAUAAACGAGUGAAAAAAUUAUAUAAUGUCUUCCAUUACCGUUGUUUAUGUGAACAGCAAUGCAGUGAAACAUUUCAUUUUCGUCCACAUCUGUCAUUUUUAAGAACGUCCCUUGACACAACGAUCCCAGAACAUAAAUCAAAACAUUGUCAGUUUGCCCAGACUUUGAAACUUAUCAUGAUUGCAUGAAGGUUGAACAAUUUUUGUUCACAAGUUACAAAUUUAAAAACCAGAAGGAAAAUUUAGCUUUCGUUACAGGGCAAAUAAAACUUCAUUAAAAUGCCAAGCCAAUGAGGCUUAUUGUUUAAAUGCGUGAUACAAUCAGAGAUCGUUGCCAAAUUUUUGACAAAGACUUUACGAAAAUUAGGUGAAAAAGUAAGGUGCAAAUAAUGCAAAAAGGGAGCAGAAUUUGUUUUUUGUUCUCUCUGCUAUAGUUGGAUAGAGCUCAUCGAGUUAGAUAGAAAAAGGUGUACCUGAGACUUUCUGAAGUCAUUUUUGGGUAAAAAAUUUUCAAAAUAUUGAUUUUUAAAAAGAGACAAAAAUACAUGAAAUUCUGAGAAAUAACCAAAAUUUUCAUAUUUAUUCCUGAUCUAUCAUUUUGAACCUAAUUUUUUCUGAUUCGGCAUGCAAAACUAACUAUAGAAAGCCGAAUUCGACAGUUUUCGUAGUUAAAAUGGAGUCGGAUUUUGAGAAACCCGAGUAGAACCAGAAAAGAGCCUCUGUUCAUCUUGCAAACGUAUCUAGUUUUUCGGGUUAAGAGA